UGCUGCAGCCUCUCAGCUGGUGCCUGCCUGCCUGCACACUCCACUACAGCUGGACGCUUCAUUCCGCGCACUCUCCCCCCCCCCCCCCCCUCUCUGCCUGCAUUUUCACGCAACAAGCGAGCGCACGGAUGGAGGCGGGACUCUUAUUUUUCCCACUUUGCCAAUGAUGGAGCGUUAAGAUGUUUUGAAUGCGCACACACCAACACGCUUGAUUCAACGGCAUGCGGGGCGCGCGGUCUCCGCGCGGUGCCUGUGGAUCGCUCUCGGCCGCGGACGCUUGACUGAGGACUGGAGCGGGAAAGGGGGGGAUCCCAUCUCAAUGGAAGCACUUUGCAUGGACAAAUGUGAAUUAUAUUGGCAAGCCAUGGAGAGACUUGCCUUAAAAGCACCCAGUGGCCAUUUCUAAGCUCUUCUUGGUGGACUUUCUACAUCGUCGCAAGUCUUUUGGGUCGUGUCCGUCACCAUGGCGGAGAAGCUGGAACCUUCCGGGAUCAAGCCCGCCAACGUGCUACCCCUUCCCUCGGUGCCGCCGGAACCCAUCGACAUCAUCCGCACCAAAGCGCGCUCCCGCCGGGUCCGCCUGAACGUUGGUGGGCUCAACCACGAGGUCCUGUGGCGGACUCUGGACCGGCUGCCGAGGACCCGCCUCGGCAAGCUGCGGGACUGUAACACGCACGAGUCCCUGAUGGAGGUGUGUGACGACUACAGCCUGAACGAGAACGAGUACUUCUUCGACCGCCACCCGGGGGCGUUCACCUCCAUCCUCAAUUUCUAUCGCACGGGCAAGCUGCACAUGAUGGAGGAGAUGUGCGCCCUUUCCUUCGGCCAGGAGCUGGACUUCUGGGGGAUUGACGAGAUCUACCUGGAGUCCUGCUGCCAGGUCCGCUACCACCAGAAGAAGGAGCAGAUGAACGAGGAGUUGCGCAGGGAAGCGGAGACCUUGAGGGAACGCGAAGGGGACAGCGAGUUUGAUAACACCUGCUGUUCAGAGAAGAGGAAGAAGCUGUGGGAUCUUCUGGAGAAGCCCGGCUCCUCUGUAGCUGCCAAGAUUCUGGCCAUCUUAUCCAUCCUGUUCAUCGUGCUGUCCACCAUCGCGCUAUCCCUGAACACCUUGCCAGAGCUUCAGGAGAAGGACGACUUUGGCCACGCCAUUGACAACCCUGAGCUGGCGCACGUGGAGGCUGUCUGCAUUGCCUGGUUCACCAUGGAGUACCUGCUGCGCUUCCUCUCAUCGCCAAACAAAUGGAAGUUCUUCAAGGGUCCGCUCAACGUCAUCGAUCUGCUGGCCAUCCUGCCCUACUACGUGACCAUUUUCCUGACCGAGUCCAACAAGAGCGUGCUCAAGUUCCAGAACGUGAGGCGCGUGGUGCAGAUCUUCCGGAUUAUGAGGAUACUUCGGAUCCUCAAAUUGGCCAGGCACUCCACGGGGCUUCAGUCGCUGGGCUUCACUUUGAGGCGGAGCUACAACGAGCUGGGCUUGCUCAUUUUGUUCCUCGCCAUGGGCAUCAUGAUUUUCUCCAGCUUGGUCUUCUUUGCCGAGAAAGACGAAGACGCCACCAAGUUCACCAGUAUCCCCGCCUCCUUCUGGUGGGCCACCAUUACCAUGACAACGGUGGGCUACGGGGACAUUUACCCGCAGACGUUACCCGGAAAAAUCGUCGGGGGGCUCUGCUGUAUCGCGGGCGUACUGGUCAUCGCCCUGCCCAUUCCCAUUAUCGUCAACAACUUCUCUGAGUUCUACAAGGAGCAGAAGAGGCAGGAGAAGGCCAUUAAGAGGCGGGAAGCUUUGGAGAGAGCCAAACGUAACGGCAGCAUUGUGUCCAUGAACCUUAAAGACGCAUUCGCUCGGAGUAUGGAGCUCAUGGAUGUGGUAGUGGAGAAAGGAGAGGAGAAAAGCUCCCUGGACAACCACCUGUCACCCAACCGUUGGGGGGGCUCCAGCAGGUUGGCCACCUCGGAGACCAACCUCAAGUCGCCAAAGAAGAGAAGCCUGGAGACCAUGGCGGCGGGGCCCAACUCUCCCCACCACAUCACCAUCACCACCACGGGUAGCCCGCAAUGGGGCAGCAAAACCCCGCAGCAUCUCAACGUCCAGAAACUGGAGGAGAUGUACAACCAGAUGACCAAGUCUCAGUCCUUCACCAAUCUCCACACGACCAGCUCCAUGAGCACGCUCAGCACCACCAUUGCCGGCCCGGGCUCGCCAAAGCGGUCCCAAAGCCCCGAGUCCACACAGAAGGAAGAACUGGAGAUGAAGGAGGUGGACGGACCCAAGAGCAGACACCUCCAGGUACCUUCGCCUCUCCAUCUAACCCCGGUUCAGCUUUCGUCGAGCGACAUCCUCAAAGACGGCUUUUAUCGAUCCGAUAACCGGGGCGAUGGAGCGGAACUCCACAUAGAGGAAGGGGAGAGUUUCGGUAGUGCCGUGGAGAACAUUCAAAAAUCUCUUCAUGGGAACAACGCUCUUAAAAUUAAGACGUCCGCCGAGGGCCCACCGACACCGCCCAGCACCACGUCUCCUGGAGACAUCAGCUCCAGCAUCCUGGAGGAAGAGUCACCAGACGGGGAAAGGUUGCCUCUCAUGGCCAGCUCGGAAGCGCUUAUCCAGGCCGUAGAGGACGAGGAGGAGGCGGGGGAGACCGGCCCCCUGGUGGACACCCCACCCGGCGAUGAGGGCCCGUCCUCAGACAACCGCCUGAUGGCGGUGGCCGGUGCGAUUGCCGUGCCCCGGUCCCCCAAGACCGCCGCCCAAAACUGCAACCAGGGCGAGAGGGAAGCCGACCAAAACGGACACAAAGCGGAAAACCACAUUUUCACGUCCGACAUCCACCUGAUACCCGGGGACAGCGGGCUCUCGCCCGCCUGCGAGACCAGCAUGUGACUGCGAAAGCCCAAACAUUUCUGCAUGGCAUGGCAAGCCCCUUUCACUUGUGUCGUGGCGGACCGCCCCAACGACAAGGAACCCGUCCACUGGUGGAAACUAUUUCCCCUUGUAAAUAAAAGACAAGCUCCUUUUCCAUCACACAGAUGAACUGAUCUGUAAAUAAGCAUGCAAGACUCGUCUUUUACGGUGCUUCACUUGCUUUGUAAAUACUCGGACACAAAAGGCAAUGACAAUUCAUGCAAUUAAAAAAAAGGACAAUACCGUUAACAGCAAUGUGACAAAUGGGGCAGGACAACCAUUGUAGCGACCUAUUUAUUAAAAAAAAAAAAUAACAUAUCAUUACCUUUUGUAGAAAUUGCAAAGUGUUCCCUUGAUGAGCCUGUCAUUUGUUCCUGUGUGUGUGUGUGUAGUAACGUUUUGCAAAUUUCAAGUUCCGAUAUUCAAUCUCCAAAUUCAUGAGGAAGCAAAACAGCAAGCUUAUAUUUGGAAAAAAAAAGGGAUCUUUGUUAGGGACAACUCAGGUUUUAGGGAGCUUGUGGCCCACUGCUUAGCACAGUUGUCUCACAAAAAACAAUGAAAAAUAAUCACUUGUUUUUAAAAAAAAAAAAAAAACGAACAAUAUUAUAUGUAAAUCACAAAGUUUUUAAACUUAAAGCUUCUGGAUUUAGCACCUUUAAAAAGGUCAGGAACUCUUGUAGCCAUACGCUUCGUUUUAGCGCUGAAAACAAAUCAUGUACUCUCCGGCGUAUUUACCUUUUCACAAUUAUUGUUAAAUCUUAAAUCAUUUUGUUCAAUAAAAUUUUUGUAGUGUAGUUUGGGCAUUUUAAUCCGUUCUAAUAAUCCAACAAGUAGAUCGAGAGCCAUAGAAAGCAAUUGUGAAUUACGACACCUACAAUAUACCCUACAGUGUAAAUGAAUCUUGAAGUUUUUAAAUUUAAAGCUUCUGGAUUUAGCACCUUUAAAAAGGUCAGGAACUCUUGUAGCCAUACGCUUCGUUUUAGCGCUGGAAACAAAUCAUGUACUCUCCGGCGUAUUUACCUUUUCACAAUUAUUGUUAAAUCUUAAAUCAUUUUGUUCAAUAAAAUUGUUGUAGUGUAGUUUGGGCAUUUUAAUCCGUUCUAAUAAUCCAACAAGUAGAUCGAGAGCCAUAGAAAGCAAUUGUGAAUUACGACACCUACAGUAUACCCUAGAGUGUAAAUGAAUCUAGUUUGUCAAAUAAAGUAGAAAUACUUCUUCAGUUAUCGAUGGACCAAAUCAAGCACACAAAUAAGCUUUUGUCUAAUCCACUAAUAUGACAUGUAAAUAUGGCGCCGUAGCUCUACCUUUAUAUAAAUCUACUGUUUAUUUUGCAGGUCAAAUUGACCCGUAUUCAAAUUGCACUUUUUUGCUACCCAGCUUCUUCUGCUUGGCUUAAUAAUGAAAUAAUAACAUUGAGAUUUUUUGUCCUGUGUCAAAUUGACCCGGAAAAACACAACAGGAGGGUUACAAUUUUAGCUUUCUAAUAUUUGUGUUCAUAUUUGUGUGUGAAUUUAAUUUAUUGUGUUUGUUGUUUUGUUUACAUUGACAGAGAGCAUCUCUUGUUGCCUUUGAAUUCCAAUUUAUGGCUGGAAUAUUUUUUGGGACAGAUGGCUGUGUACAAAAUGAAUGUUUGUAUAUGUUUAUUAUUUUAAUUUAUUUCCAAUUUUCUGUCUGUCUUUUGUCACAAGCAAAGAAAAGAGGAAGGAGUACUUAACGUACACGAUAUAGUGUAUAAUAUAAUGUGUAUUAUGAUAUCUACAAUAUACUGCGUUGAGUACUGCAAAACUAUGCAGGCCCAAAAUUGUGGCACUUUAUUUUCUUCUGUCUACAAGGGAUUUGUACAGACAGACAAAUGUAUUUUUCCAAUGUUCUAUCUUUAAUAUGAGGUAAAAAAUAGCAUUGCACAAACAUGCAAAAAGAGAAUUUCACAAGGAUGCAAUUUAAAAUUUGGUGGUUAUUUUAUGUUUGCUUUUUAAUACGAUACUGUGUAUGUACUGUCAGGCAUCUAAACAAUGUCAGACUUGAAUCCAAAAUGGGGGGGAACAAAAUCAUUUCAAAAAUGGCCAUACUCCAUUUGCGUUCUUAUUUAAUUAUUUAUUUGUUUGUGGCAAAUUUCUCUAUUUUUUUCAACAACAAAAACAUUGUCUCAAAAUGGAGCACGACAGUUUAAGUGGUCUUGGAAAAAAAAACUGUCGGUGGUGCGACUCAUAGCUCACAUAGCGAGGCACUGUAUAGAUAGUCUAAUUUUAUAGCAGAAAUCAGGUCUUUAUGUAAUAGAUACAAUUAAUGCUAUUGAGUUCUCAGGUUUUCUAUCACUCUUGAUGUUUUUGUCUUUUUUUCUCCCUUCUAUUAACCCCAAAGUAAGCCACAUUGAUGUCUAACCGAACAUCGCCAAGCGCUUCCGAAUUCGCAGCGCACCCCUUCGGGAGGUCCGAUGGAUGUGGAGAAUCCCCUUCAAAAAAGUGGAGUAGCGUGGGGUGCGUUUUGUCCCGUUAGGGCCACCGUAAUUUAAUAAUCCGGCAUGGAACGUAGCAACCGCAUCGCAUUUGUUGAUGGUGAUGCGAAUCACGCAAAUUUUAUGUGAACAUUAUCCGGAAAGGGGGGGGGGGAAUCGGAUAUGGCUGCUGACAAUUUAUCCAUCUCAGGGAGCAGUCAUUUUGCCGCUCGCUGUGAACUGAAAAUGACAUCACAGUUUCUCAGGAGUGGAACCAGGUUACGACCAAUCAUGGCUCACCUGUUUUCUGAAGCCGAACCGAAGUCUGAGGGUGCCCGUCGCCCUUCCAUCUGGAAACAUCACAGGGUUUGCAAUAUAAUACACAACAUUUAUUUUGGUCUUUUUUGUCCUUUUUGGGCAACUGUACCUCGGACUAUAACAGCCCCACGCUACGCCACUGUAUAUCUAAAUUAGACACGACUGUUUCUCCUCAGCAUUCGUGUCCCCUUGAUGCACUGACUUUACCAUUGAAGAUGAUUAUUGUACAUAGCUUGUGUCUUUUAUUUUCUCUGAGAGAAUGGCUCCUGAUCACAAACACAUACACACACAUAAGAGUUUCUGUACAAAGCGACAUCUUUGUAUGCAUGUUGUAGUCCAUAGGAUGAUGUGGCCGCAGAACACUUUGUUGUCUUGUUUUCAUGUUCGCCCACCAACACCAAGUCUAUUAGUAUAUGCAGAAUAACAAAUAAAUGUACAUAUAACAACUGGUGUUUGGUGCGUACUACAAUUUUCUGUCUUUCUUUUUCCAAUACUUCAAGACUGACCCUCGAAAAAUCGUAAUUCAUAAAGGCAUGCGAUUAUUAAAGUGCGUCGUAGUAUACAAAAUAAAAGCGAGCCAAUGUGACUUGGUAU